AUGCUUGAGCCUGUUCAUAAAUGGCCUAGAACAGUUCGUCGAGUGCCCUUCAGGUGGAGGUUUAUCCACCGGACCAGAAACUUACAUUUAGGACGAGAUCUUUUGUCGGAAUUGAGUGCUCGCCAACUCAUUGCUGAUGUGACGCGCCCAGAUGAUCUCGCUAAGCAUCUGCAGAGAACACGGACCAUCUAUGCUGGGGUUGACCCAACAGCAAAGGCUUUACAUGCGGGUCACCUCAUCCCGCUUCUCUGUCUCUUCCAUUUCCGCCUCAGAGGGCAUUCUACGCUAGCACUUAUAGGUGGAGCGACGGGGCUUGUUGGAGAUCCUUCUGGCCGUAUGUUGGAACGCUCAAUGUCGGAAAAAGCUCAAAUUGAAUCCAACACUACAAAACUCACGGAAUCUAUUCAGCAAUUUUUCUCUCGCGCGACAGAGUACGCCCUCGAUAAGGUUCCCCUCCUGACAACUUUGGCCCAACCACAGGUUGUUAAUAACCUAGACUGGCUAAAGGAAUUGAAUCUUCUGGAUUUCUUGAGGAAUACCGGCAUUCAUUUCCGCGUAAAUCAUAUGCUGGCAAGGGAUAGUGUGAAAUCGCGAAUGAGUGCACAGAAUGGCAUCACGUUCACUGAGUUCACGUACCAGCUUCUCCAAGGUUAUGACUUCUACGAACUUUUUCGCACAAGGGGGUGCACUAUUCAAGUAGGUGGAUCAGACCAGUGGGGAAAUAUUCUUUCCGGUAUCGACCUCAUAAACAAAUCCGAAGGGGAUUCCAAUGGAUACAAUGAGGGGAGCUUUGCAGUGACCACACCAUUGCUAACAACCUCGCAAGGAGAGAAGUUUGGGAAGAGCGCGGGGAAUGCUGUAUGGCUUGAUGAAAAUCUCACAAGCUACCUAGACUUCUAUCAGUUCUUCCUUCGUACAACGGACGCUGAUGUUGAAAAGUAUCUCAAGAUGUUCACUCUGCUUCCUGUCGAAGAAAUUGAUGAUAUUGUGCGAGAACAUGAAAUUCUGCCUGAACGCCGAUUGGCACAAAAACGUCUUGCCGAAGAAGUAACACUGAUGAUACACCGAAAGGAAGGCCUAGAGGCUGCACGGGUUGCAACCGACGUCCUUUUUGGAACAGACUACUCGACUUUGCGCGCGAAAGAUAUUGUAAAAUCUCUUGCCAACGACCCACGGUUUGUUCUCUGCGCGGAGGAUCAGUUGCUCGGCAUCACGCUCCCAAAUAUUGCUGCCAACUUCGGACUCACUUCAUCAAAGUCGGCCGCACGACAACUUGCCCUCGGGAACGGCUUGUAUCUGAACAAUGUACCUCAGCCAGACGUACACUUCAAGCUCGAGAGGAGUCGCCUGAUUGAUGGACAGGUGGCAAUUUUACGCGCUGGAAAGGACAAGCACUUGAUUCUGGCAUUGCGUUGAGUCUCCCAUACAUCAUGCCUCGCGAGCUGUGGCAUUCUAGAUUUCAAUACCAUUACUCAGCAUUGUUGUAUAUCGUUACGUCUGACAAUUGCUGCAAUUCACAACGAUAGUGUCUAAUUAAGUGCCAUAUGGCACAUCGAGGCCGGACAGUACAAUAC